CACGUGUUUCACUGGGACAAUAGUGAGUGGUGCACACUUCCUUCGCCCGGCCACAGAAGACAAAAAAGAGUUGCUGGUGUAACAAUAGGAAGAAUAUAUUCCACUCCUCUCUUGUACACGCGGCUUAUGAGAUGAACGCUCGUCAAGAAGAACGUCCCCUUCAGCAGCAGGAGGAUCCACAGCCCCCCCACAUUAAAGAGGAAGAGGAGGAAGUGUGGAUGAGUCAGGAGGGAGAGUGUCCUGUAGGGCAGGAGGAGGCUGAUGUCAGCAAGUUUCCACUGACUGUUGUCUCUGUGAAGACUGAAGAGCAUGAAGACAAACCACCUGAGUCCUCACAGCUUCAUCACAGUCCAAACGUCCAGCAGGUGUCAGCAGAGAGUCAUGAAGAGAUUCCCUCCAAGCAGCAGGAGUGGAGCUCCAGUGUGGGACAGAAGGAGCUACAGGCCCCCUCCCACAUUAAAGAGGAAGAGGAGGAACUGUGGAAGCAGCUUCAAAGGUUGGUGGAGGAUAAUGAUGAAGAUGAAGCUCAGUCCUUACAGCUUCAUCACAGUCAAAGUGAGGAGAACAGAGGGGCGGAGCUUGUAAGUCAACACAUCACAGAAGCUGAUGGAGAGCAUUGUGAAGAUAUAAAGUCGGAACCAGACAGCAUCUUUGCUCCACUGUCAGACAUGGACCACAUGAUGUCAGACUCUUCUGAUCACAGUGACCACAUUCAAGAACCUUUGGAGAGUAAAAAUGACUCUAAAGGUGAUACGAGACAUCACACUAACAACAAAGACUCUGACUGCUCUGAAUGUGGGAAAUCAUUUAGACUGAAGAGUGAUUUUACAAGACACAUGAGAAUACAUACUGGAGAGAAACCUUUUACUUGCUCUGUUUGUAAGAAAAGUUUCUCCACAAAGCAACACAUGACCACACACAUGAGAACACACACCGGAGAGAAACCUUUUACUUGCUCUGUUUGUAAGAAGAGUUUCUCCGUUAAGCCUGCCAUGACCAGACACAUGAGAACACACACUGGAGAGAAACUUUUUACUUGCUCUCUUUGUAAGAAGAAUUUCUCCAGAAAGUCUAACAUGACCGAACACAUGAGAACACAUACUGGAGAGAAACCUUUUACUUGCUCUGUUUGUAAGAAGCGUUUCUCCACAAAGCAGCAUAUGAUCACACACAUGCAAACACAUACUGGAGAGAAACCUUUUACUUGCUCUGUUUGUAAUAAGUGUUUUUCCAGAAACCCUGACAUCUCCAUACACAUGAGAACACACACUGGAGAGAAACCUUUUACUUGCUCUGUUUGUCAGAAGAGUUUCUCCACAAAGUCUAACAUGACCUCACACAUGAGAACACAUACUGGAGAGAAACCUUUUACUUGCUCUGUUUGUAAGAAGACUUUCUCCACAAAGCCUAAGAUGUCCGCACACAUGAGAACACAUACUGGCGAGAAACCUUUUACUUGCCCUGUUUGUAAGAAGCAUUUCUCCACAAAGCUUGUCAUGACCAGACACAUGAGAACACACACUGGAGAGAAACCAUUUAGUUGCAAUGUGUGUGAUAAGAUGUUCCGGCAUAAGUGUCAGGACAGUAAACACAAGUGUGUAACAGUCAUGGAAGCUGCAGGGAUUAAGUGUUGUGAUUGUGUGAAAAUGUGCGAAAGAACUAUAGCAAAGUAUGAGGAGGAACUUUGUCUUACAAAAGAGGAGAAGGAGCGACAACAUCAACUACUGGACGCUGUUUUCAAGAAACAUCAAGUUGUGUUACACAGAACAGACGUCCAGCAGCCCCCUCACAUUAAAGAGGAAGGGGAGGAUCCACAGCCCCCUCACAUUAAAGAGGAAGAAGAGGAUCCACAGCCCCCCCACAUUAAAGAGGAAGAGGAGGAAGUGUGGAUGAGUCAGGAGGGAGAGUGUCCUGUAGGGCAGGAGGAGGCUGAUGUCAGCAAGUUUCCACUGACUGUUGUCUCUGUGAAGACUGAAGAGCAUGAAGACAAACCACCUGAGUCCUCACAGCUUCAUCACAGUCCAAACGUCCAGCAGGUGUCAGCAGAGAGUCAUGAAGAGAUUCCCUCCAAGCAGCAGGAGUGGAGCUCCAGUGUGGGACAGAAGAAGCUCGAGACCACUCAUAUAGAGGAAGAAGAGGAACUGUGGGAGCAGCUUCCAAGGUUGGAGGAGGUUAAUGACGAAGAUGAUAUAAAGUCAGAACCAGACAGCAUCUUUGCUCCACUGUCAGACAUGGACCACAUGAUGUCAGACUCUUCUGAUCACAGUGACCACAUCCAAAAACCUUUGAAGAGUAAAAAUGACUCUGAAGGUGAUACGAGACAUCAAAAUAACAGCAAACACUUUGACUGCUCUGAAUGUGAAAAAUCUUUUAGACAUAAGAGUAAUUUUACAGUACACAUGAGAACACAUACUGGAGAGAAACCUUAUACUUGCCCUGUUUGUAAGAAGAGUUUCUCCAGAAAGCAAUACAUGACCACACACAUGACAAUACAUACUGGAGAGAAACCUUUUACUUGCUCUGUUUGUAAGGAGAGUUUCCCCAGAAAGAAUGACAUGACCACACACAUGAGAACACAUACUGGAGAGAAACCUUUUGCUUGCUCAAUUUGUGCUAAAAGAUUCAACGCUAAGAGUAUCAUGACAUUACACAUGAAAAUACACACAGGUGAGAAACCUUUCACUUGCUCUGUCUGUAAGAAGAGCUUCAUCAGAAAGCAUCACAUGACCACACACAUGAGAACACACACUGGAGAGAAACCUUUUACUUGCUCUGUCUGUAAGAAGAGUUUCUCCAUGAAGCCUGACAUGACCACACACAUGAGAAUACAUACUGGAGAAAAACCUUUUCCUUGCUCUGUUUGUAAGAAGAGUUUCUCCACAAAGCGUAACAUGACCACACACAUGAGAACACACACUGGAGAGAAACCUUUUAUUUGCUCUGUUUGUAAGAAGAGUUUCUCCAGAUGGCAACACAUGACCACACACAUGAGGACACACACUGGUGAGAAACCUUUUCCUUGCUCUGUUUGUAAGAAGAGUUUCUCCAUGAAGCCUGACAUGACCACACACAUGAGAAUACAUACUGGAGAGAAACCUUUUACUUGCCCUGUUUGUAAGAAGAGUUUCUCCAGAAAGCAAUGUGUGACCAAACACAUGAGAACACACAAUGGAGAGAAACCGUUUGUGUGAUAAAACAAUCAGGUUUAAGUAUCAGGACAGUAAACACAAGUGUGUAACAGUCAUGGAAGCUGCAGGGAUGUAAAAACACUCAAACGGUGAUUGUGCUAAAUGUACUUUAAAAACACAGCAUGAUUAAUAUGAACGUAUAUUUUAUGUUCAAUGUUGUGCUUCUUAUCUUCUACUCUUAUAUGUUGUCCUGUAAUGACUUUUUAAGUUGUGUGCAUUUAUUGAAUAUUAUAUAUGUUGCUAAAUUUUUAUUCUAUUUUCCCAUUGUUAAAGAGAGGUCAUCUUAUUUUUUAUUUUUUUUUCCAACACAUUUUCUCCAUUGCACUUUAUUGAUGUUAUUUUCCAAUUAAAAGUAUGAAUUAAUAACAUUGUUAAAACAAUUUGGACCCUAAGUUCGGACACAGAUUCAUCGUCAUCAUCAUCAUCAUCAUCAUCAGAAUACUGGAUGAAACUUUAACAUUACUUUUUUUAAUAUAAGUGUGACCUCAAUAUUCCUCGAUAAUAAGACUAAAAAUAGAGAUUUAAGUACCAUAUUAGAGUGCCUCUUGUAGUAUUCCACCUCGCCACAUUGUGAGAAGUGGGGGCUAGCAGUUGCAUGUUUUUAUCAUGUUUUAUCAGCGAGGAAGACAGCAUUUGUCUUUAUUUUUUUGUCAGAUUCAAGUUUUAAUGUUCUUUUCAUUAAUAAAUUAAUCACUAUGGCUGGCAAUAUUAAGGAUUAUUUAUAGAUAUUUAAGAACAAAUUCCCUCCUUGACAGGUAGCAAAAUGACUCCACAAAAUGUGAACUAGCAGCUGACUCAGUAAAUAUUUUUUUAAUUUUCUAAUUAGUUAACUAUAAAGAGUAACAUCCAUCCAUUUUCUACCGCUUAUUCCCCUUUGGGGUCGCGGGGGGCGCUGCUGCCUACCUCAGCUACAAUCGGGCGGAAGGCGUUGUACACCCUGGACAAGUCGCCGUCUCAUCGCAGGGCCAACACAGAUAGACAGACAACAUUCACACUCACAUUCACACACUAGGGACCAUUUAGUGUUGCCAAUCAACCUAUCCCCAGGUGCAUGUCUUUGGAAGUGGGAGGGGCCUAUCCCCAGGUGCAUGUCUUUGGAGGUGGGAGGGGCCUAUCCCCAGGUGCAUGUCUUUGGAGGUGGGAGGGGCCUAUCCCCAGGUGCAUGUGUUUGGAGGUGGGAGGAAACCGGAGUACCCGGAGGGAACCCACGCAUUCACGGGGAGAACAUGCAAACUCCCCACAGAAAGAUCCUGAGCCCGGGAUUGAACCCUGACUACUCAGGACCUUCGUAUUGUGAGGCAGACACACUAACCCCUCUUCCACCGUGAAGCCUUAAAGAGUAACAUGACAGUGGAAAUUUCACAAUAAUUCACCAAAAAUCGGAAAUUGGGAAUGAUUUCUUAAGAUGCAGAUGAACCAGGUGGCACCAUGCAGUAAAAAAAACGGAUGUUUUUGAUAAACGAACAAAAACCGAGAGCAACAGGGAACUGUGAAGACAACAAAACAAACCGCUGAAACCCAGCAAAACACUCACAGGAAAUGUGGAGCAGACAGCGUCCACAAAAUAUGUGCGUACUCGAGCUUGACAUCUAAAAGGAUAGUCACCCGUGAACAAAGAAUAAUGUCCGGACAACAAAGGUAGCAAGAGGAUCAAUUGAAAUAGUCUUGAUUGCAAACAGAAAAAAGGUGAGGGGAAAUGCUCGGGGACAGAAGUGAAGCUGCCACGGGAAAACACCAACAAAACUGGGAGAGCCACCAAAAUAAAAGCACAGGACAGGAAUUCAAACAUUAAACAGCGGAAAACACGAACAAAAUGUGAACAAAAUUUGCCAGAUGUGACAAAUGGAGUGUCAGAAAUGAGCUGAGCCAAGAUUGACAGGCUGGAUAAUGAGGGAGAAGCAAUCUAGUGUCAUGUCAGCACACUGGGACUGGAAGGCAGGAUUCACACAAUCUUCUUCUCACUUCUCUCUCAUGUGGAGGCUACAGUCCGCAUGACAGAAGUCACUACUACAACUACUCUUAUUUCAUUUAAAUGUAUUUUUUACUUACAAAUUAUUAUUAUUAUUGUUUUUUUCAUGGACAUCCAUCAUCUGACAUUGUUAUCCAUUACAUCAUAUUUGCAUACAUCAUACAUCUAUUGUCUGCCCGAAAGAUCAAAAUAUUAUUUUUUGUUUAUUUCCCAACGAUGAC